AUGACUACUACACCACCAGAAAAUAUUUCUGUUUCUCCCGUCCCUUCUGAUAAUACCUUCACCUCUGCUUCUAAUAAUACCGCAAAAAAGAAACAAAUACGAGCUGUGGAAUAUAUCGAAGAUGACAUUCUCGAUUUAGAAGAACAAAUCAAUGUUUUGAAAAAAAAAGCAAAAGAAAAAUUGAAAGAAAGACAAUUGAGAAAAAAAUUAAAACAUUAUGAAGCAAAAAAAUAA